CGUACUAAAUAGCUGCGUGUUCUGCCGGUAGGAGAGACUCCUAGGACCGGAUUCUUGCUUUCGGCCAACUCAUUCGCAUAUUCGAGUUUGGGCUUCAAUGGAUGAACUGCAGAAGGCACUGAAUGAUAAAAGUCUAACAAUCUCGACGCUCCCAGAAAAGGGUCGCUGUCUUUUCACCACCCGUGCUUUCUUCCCAGGUGAAGUUAUUAUAAGUGAGAAUCCAUACGUGUGUGUUCCAAAUAAGAACAAAGAAUCCCCUCAAUCCAAGUGUGAGUGGUGCUUUUCAUCAAGGAACCUCAAGAAAUGCUCUGCUUGCCAUGUUGUUUGGUAUUGUAGCAGCAAAUGCCAGAAGUCAGAUUGGAAGUUGCAUAGUGUGGAGUGUCGAGCAUUGUCGAAAAUCGAUAAGGACAGGUUGAAGUCACUCACGCCGUCUAUACGUUUGAUGGUGAGACUUUAUAUACGGCGAAAGCUAGAAAAUGAGAAGAUUUUCCCGACUACUGUCAUGGACAACUACAAGCAUGUGGAGCCCUUGGUUUCUCACAUGUCUGAGGUUGAUGAGAAACAACUGGUAUUGUAUGCCCAGAUGGCUAACCUUGUCAAUUUGAUACUCCAGUGGCCUGAUUCUGAAGUCAAUAUCAAAGAGAUUGCAGAAAGUUUUUCCAAGCUAGCAUGCAAUGCACAUACUAUUUGUGACAGUGAACUGAGGCCCCUUGGAACAGGGCUGUACCCUGUUAUUUCAAUCAUAAAUCACAGCUGUUUACCCAACUCUGUUCUAGUGUUUGAGGGAAGGUUGGCUGUGGUACGAGCCAUGCAGCAUAUUCCAAAAGGUACCGAGGUGUUGAUUAGUUAUGUAGAAAUAGCUGGAAGCACUAUAACUCGGCAAAAAGCUCUCAAAGAACAGUAUUUCUUCACUUGCACCUGUCCUCGCUGCAUGAAAUUGGGACAAUCUGAUGACAUUCAAGAAAGUGCUACUCUGGAAGGUUAUAGGUGCAAGGAUAGCAAAUGCAAUGGAUUUCUCCUUCGCGACUCUGAUAAUAAAGGAUUUAUAUGCCAGCAGUGUGGACUUCUUAGGGACAAAGAAGAAAUAAAGAACAUAACUAAUGAAGUGAAACUAAUUUCAGAGAAAGCUUCCACAUCAUUUUCCUCUGGCCAUAAAGCAGAGGCCAGUGUGGCUUAUAAGAUGGUUGAGGAAUUACAAAUGAAGCUGUACCAUCCAUUUUCAAUCAAUCUUAUGAGGACUAGAGAGACUCUUCUCAAGAUAUUCAUGGAGCUGCAGGAGUGGAAAGAAGCACUUUUGUAUUGCCGAUUGACAAUUCCGGUUUACGAAAGAGUGUAUCCAAGAUGCCAUCCUUUGCUUGGACUGCAGUAUUAUAUGAGUGGAAAACUUGAAUGGUUGCUCGGAGAGACAGAAGCAGCAGUUAGGUCUCUAACCAAAGCUUUGGACAUACUGCGAAUCACUCAUGGAACACUGACACCAUUCAUGUUGGAACUUCUGAGUAAGUUGGAGGAAGCUCGUGCGGAGGCUUCUUACAUGCUUCAUUCUCAGGAUGAAGAUUGAACCCAACUGCUAAGUUUUACCUGGAAACGAAUGAUAAAUACAGUGUAGCAUCAUUUGAAUUCAUCACAAAAAUUCUAUGUAUAAUAUAAUAGAGGUCAAUGUAUUUCCACACAAAAUCACAAAAUACAAUGAUAGAGAUUCGGUGAAUGAACACCUCCAAAUCUUUUCUGUUUAA